CCUUUCCACACACAGUCGGAUGGUUGUGGCCUAGCUGUGAACACCUAUCCCCCAACUCUCUCGCCUCUAUACACAUCCGGGCAUUUUUCUGGCUUACAGUAUUCAAAAUUUCAGUGAAACAAUAUCACGGAAAAAGUGAAACACUAAAAUGAGUUUGCUGAGGUGCGUCCACAGUACAUUAUUGACGGUGUCUCGUCGUCCGGCUGCCUUGACAGUCACCAGGAUGUACGCGCCGGACUACCAGAAAUGGAUGGCAGUGCGACGUCGACGCCUCGAGGAGAAAGGGAAAGGACGAGGUCGCAUUGACCCACCCGAGUGCCUCUUAGAUCCCUGUGGCUGGGAGCCACUGCCAAUGGACUUGGAUCAUUAUACACCAAGUGAUAAGGCUUUGCGUAAAUACCAACGUACCUGGUGCGACUGCUUCCCCUUGCCAAGGCCGGCUGUGAAGCGGACGAAGAAGUACCCGCAGAGGAAACGGCGAAAGCCGAUCCGUCCCCCCCCGUGCACCGAGGUGGAGUGCCGCGAAUCGGACUUGAAUCCGUCUCGUGUUCGCGGCGUGCCCGAGAAGCUGAUCGACCUGCCCUGCGGCAACACCAUAACAUGGCCCUGUUGCAAGCUUAAUGCGCCCGGCUGCAAGCCCGGACGCCGGCCGCCGACGUGCCUGCCCACCAGAAUAGCGAUCUGUUGCAAAAAGCGGCGUUGUCAGUAUCCCAGCUUCUCCGAGUGCAAGAAGGGUGAUCUGCUGGAGCCCAUACUGCCGUGCGAGUGCGAAAAGAAGGUGAACCUCUGCGAUGUGUGGGCGUACUGGAGGAAGCAAACCGAAAAGUAACACGGAUGCAGGCUGAUGGGGGGAAUGCCUUUCGCCUAACUAUUUUAUUCUUUUGACUCGAUGUCCACAAUGGAUUAAGUUGGGAAACAAAUUAUUUAAAAGUGACGGCUAGUUUUUAUUUUUUAUCAUCCGAGCAACCCGGUAUACCGAUGGAACAUUUCAAAAUAAUUUGUCAAAGUCACGUGAUCUAAAUUUUUUGAAUGAGCGGAACAACGCUACAAGCCAAAGGCUAUCAUUGAGUAAAAUAAAGUACUUGGCACAGACUA